GCUUUAAUGGAAUGGACUGUCAACAAAGAACAUGGCGCCCAAAUCCUGAAAUCUGCUCGACGUUAGAAAUGCAAGGUGAACGCUUUUCGCGUCAUUGAAGAAGAUCAUCAGAGCUGCUGGAGGCUGAACACUAAGCUGCUGUGAAGUCAUGGUGCUGAAGAUCUUCUUCCCACAGUGCUGUAACCGGGCAGACAGCGGCCUUCUGGUCGGCCGCUGGAUCUCUGGCCAUGACUCUGCCGUGGUGUUGGCAGUGAUCCACUACCCGUUCAUCCCUGGACAGGUCAAACAGUACAUCCAACAGAUGCAGGCCCAGAGUGGCGUGGAGCUGUCUGUGUUGGGUUCAUGGAGUUUACCCAAAGAUGGUCAGGAGGGCAUGGAGAGCUUCCUCAGAGAUCUGAGCACCAUCUUCCCACAGGAACGCUGGCUCCAGAUCAACCGCGAGAUAGGCAAGACAGGCUUCACCUGCCAGAUCCUCAACCGGGAUCAGAAUGGAAGAGUAAUUCAGCAGGAAACUAAGAAGAAAAAUGAGAAGGCUGAGGAGGGUGAUGGAGAGGCUGGAGGUGAUAAAGAAGAGCAGGAGGAGGAGGAGGAGGAGGAGAAGGUGAUCUUUGUCCACUAUGAGCAGAGGAAGGUGAUGUUGUCACAGCUCCAUCCCAUCGAGAACGGAGUGCCAGACCCCAAACCUGAUGCACCAUCUGAGCUGAGACAGAUGUUCCACACAGUGGCCCACAGCCAGCCUCUGUUCUUCCUGGACAGAUACGACGACGGGCCACUUAAGUUGACACACUGGCAGUCUGAGGGUCGAGAGGCUAGCAUCAUCGUGGAGCUGCUCAAACAAGUGUCCGUACCACUCUGCCUGCUCAUCAGCUGGCUGCUCUCCAUAUGGACCUGGAUCUGUAACAUCCGGCUCUUCAGUCUUUACCCAGUGCAGUUCCUGUCCAGUAAGCUGUCCACCUGCGUCCAGCUCAGCUACAGAGCCGAACACAUGAGAACGAUCAGCUCUCGGAAACCAGCCACGGGACACAUGCAGUUCAUGAGGAAAGCCAACAUCAUGGUGUCGUUCCUAGUGGAUGUGGCUCUCGGCAUGUUGCUUAUCUGGUGGCUCUAUAGAGACAACCACAUCACCAUGUUAGCCAACACACUGGUGCCUGCAGCUGAUCAUGUGGCUAAAGAGCUGCAGGAGCUGCUGCAGUGGCUCAUGGGAGCUCCUGCAGGGCUGAAGAUGAACCGGGCCCUGGACCAGGUUCUGGGCCGCUUCUUCCUCUACCACAUUCACCUCUGGAUCAGCUACAUCCACCUGAUGUCUCCCUUCAUCGAGGGGAUCCUGUGGUAUGGAGGCCUGUCAGCCUGCUUCGGCCUGACCUUUGCCCUCUCGCUGCUCUCUGACAUGGUCGCCCUGCUCACCUUCCACAUAUACUGCUUCUACGUCUACGGAGCCAGGUUGUACUGUCUGAAGAUCUACGGCCUCUCAUCUCUCUGGAGGCUCUUUAGAGGGAAGAAGUGGAACGUCCUGCGACAGAGGGUGGACUCCUGCUCCUAUGACCUGGACCAGCUCUUCAUCGGGACGCUGCUGUUCACCAUCUUGCUGUUCCUGUUGCCCACCACAGCUCUCUACUACCUGGUCUUCACUCUGUUGCGGCUGGUGGUGGUGCUGUUCCAGGGCGUCCUCCACCUCAGCGUCGACUUCAUUAACUCUUUCCCUCUGUUUGCUGUGGCCCUCCGCAUCACUCGGCCCUACAGACUGGCAGAGGGUGUAAAGUUCAGGGUGCUGUGUGAAGAGCCUGGGACAGCCCUGCACCUGCUGAUGGAGAUGAACCCUCUGAAGUGCAGCACAGUGGUCCAGACCUACCGCACUCCGACUUACAGCUGUUAUCCCAAAGACUCAUGGGCGGCCCUGGUCAAGAAACUGUUUGUUGGGGAGCUGAUUUAUCCCUGGAGACACAAAACCACCAAGACCGACUGAGACACAUCAACCAGAGAUGUGUGAGAGAGAAAUAAAAGAAAAGAUGAGGGAGCAAAGGAAAGGGAAGUGACUGAAUAAAUAAUGAGAUGGAAACAGACAGAUGGAGGGAAAGAUGGGAAAUGGGAAACGAGGGUGAAAUCGGUAGAAAGACCUUUCAGUUGCGCUGCUUUCAUGGUAGAUGGGAAGAACGUCACAGAAAGCUGAAGCUGCCAGGUCACCAUGCUUUUUUUCUGAUCAACAUGAAGAAGAAGAACAAAAAUAAGCUAUUUUUUUAGAGCACGACAGACAUGGCAUUAUCAGCCAUAAACCUGAACACCAGCAAGUAGUCACGUCUUGCUCUUUUAAGAAUUUUUUAUUUUGAAUCAUGCUGUUAAGGACUUGACAUCAAGCAUUUUUAUUUAGUUCAUAAAACUGAGAACUGGUAACAUCAUCAGUAAUUUACUCAUAUGCACUGAAUCCCAUAAGGAAACAACACUAAAGGACCAAAACAAUUCUUUACUGUGUGUUUGAAUAUGGGAUACGAACACUCCACAUUAUCAAAUAAGAUUCAUUUCAAAUCCCCAGAUGGGACUUGACAAUUACACCACACGCUGAUAUUCUUUUUAAAGCCUAAAUGACCUUGUUUUCCCCUACACAUCAGUGAAAUCUUAUCUGUUUGUAUGACCAACAAGCUUUCACGUGUUAGUUCAUGUACUGCAGUUCAGCUCAGUGUAAUCAGCUAUGAAACAAACAUGGAUGUAUUGUAUGUCACUGUUGGUGUUAUGCCACUGCUGUUCCACUGGCUCGCAGCACUUAUAAAUAGUACAUCACUCAUCAUCCAAGAUACCACUUCCCACUGUCAUAUACAAACUCUUAUACCAUUUAUUGUCUGAAGCUGAUUUAACAAGAGAAGUUAAAUGUUGAGCUAAGUUUAACUACUUUAUAUACUGGGUAUCUGAAAGAGAUUCAUUGCUGAUUUUCAACCAGCUUUGUAUGAUAACACUGUUACCAGCACCCAGAUUUCCUUCCUCAUCUCUCAACCCAAAAGCGUCAUCUGAGACCUGCCCCUCUCUCUUUCAAACUCAGACCACACUCAGAUCAAACAGUAAAAUUAUUUAGUGCUGAUCAAAUAUAAACCAAGAUUCUCUUACUAUAUUGGCCAUUUCUUGCCUAAAAUGCACUAUUUGGCUGCAAUACAAGAAUUUAUGAACAGGAAGCAGGCACCAUACUGUUUCCUGUAUAGUAAAAACGGAGGCCGAAAAAAAAUAAGGGCAAAGAGUAAAACUAAGCUGUGCUGAUCAAAUAUGAACCAAGAUUCUGUCAGUGCGUUGCCUAUUUCUCAUCUGAAAUGUUUUCAGAAACAUGCUUUAGCUUACUGUUUAACUGUAAUUCAAAAUCAUUUGUUACCAGCCAGCCGCCAUGUUGUUUCCCGUGUCAAAACGGAUGAGCUCGCAUUACAUCACCCACCAGCCGAAGCAUUUAUUGAUCCAGGGCAGUGCGUUGUAUUCUGGUAGUUGCAGCUUUUUUCAUCUUUUGAGAAAAAACAAAUGCCACAGUCCUUUCCCUCUGUUUUCUCUACUCAUGUAGCACCAAAUUUAAAAGUAUUUGUCUUUCUACUGCAUUGACAGCCCAGUUUUAUGAGAAGACCAUCUUUCCAGCAAUGAAAUUACUUCUUCAAACUCAAAUAAUACCUAAUAAUUUAUUAGUUGAUUUAUGUUUUGUAUAAAUAAUGUAAAAGUGCCAAGUAACUAGUAACUAUCAAAUGAAUGUAUUAUUGUAAAGUACAAUAUUUGUCUCUGAAAUGAAACAGCAGCAGCAUAACAAAAACAACAGCCGUACCAUUCACUACAACAAAAUGGUGUGCCACCAUCCUGUGUUGGUCACUGAGUUUUCCUGCAACACUGCCUUUAGGUUAUACAAGAUACCUCGUAAUCUCACCGGUAUAUUGUCAUGAAAUAUGAAGACUACAUUCAUGCUACCCAUUAAAACCAAACAUCUUGGUUUUAAUGACCCCAUGACCUUUAUGUUAGCACCACUAGAGGGAUUUUAGAGAGUAAGUCGUGUUUAAGUGAGACUAUGCAACUUGCUGAGUACUAAAACGUAGCAGAACAGUAGCUCAAAUAAAGAGUCAUCAAAUCAGUGAACCGACUCAGUAUUCAGCUUAAAAAUUUAUAAAAGAAUCUUAACUAAUUUUCCAGUCUAUAGGAUUUUAUUAAACCUGGGUCUACGAGCAAAGGAGCAAAAUCUCACCUAGUUAUCAGGUAUUUAUGCAUUAACUGCAUUAUUUAUAAAAUUUUAGAUUUUAUAUUAUUAAAGUAUUAGCAAGAGUGUAUUUCAAAUGAUUUUAACUCGACAAACUGAUUUUUAUAAUUUCUUUCUAAUACUAUUUGUUUUAUUCUUUUAGAGUUUUAGUCAAAAAUGAAAUGAUAAGUAUUUUAUUUUAGGUUCAUUUGUUGCCAUAUUUCCCUUAUACACUGGACUUAUUUGACUCUGACAGAUGAGUCAGAGAGACAGAUGUACCGUCAUGCUGUACUGUUGUGGUAUAAAGUGAAUGUAAGUUGGACUCAUUCAGCUCUGGCACAGUUUGUCAGCAUUUGUUUGUUUUUUCUUUGUUUUUUUAAUGUGCCUAUUCAUGCCAUUUUUUAUGAACUGUCCUUGAUUUCUUUAUAACAAUCCACCUGAACCUGCUUUUGUUAACAGAAAGUCAGUUUCAGACUGAAUCUUUAAUGUGAAUUAUUCCUGUUUUAUUUUACCUAACUCUUUACAUCCUGCUCCUUAGUGUGCUUAGCACCAAUUUCUCAUUGCUAAACUAUUAAAUUUGAAACCUGUUUUUUGUUCACCUUUUAUUUUAUCAUCUCCCUCGGAUCUGUACUAAAUGUUCCAUUGCCAUUUAAUAAAAUU